CCGCGGAGGUACCGGCGGCGGCGGCGGCGGCGGCGACAUUGAGAUCGCGGCCAUGGCAGGUGCUGGAGCGCGGGGCUUCCUGCCGCCGCUCGCGCAUUUCGCCACGCAGGCCAUCCACGCCGGGCAGGAGCCCGAGCAGUGGCGCUCGGCCGCUCUGGUGCCGCCCAUCUCCCUUUCCACCACCUUCAAGCAGCAGGCCCCCGGGCAGCACACGGGCUAUGAAUACAGCCGGAGUGGAAACCCUACCCGGAAUUGCCUGGAGAAGGCUGUGGCAGUGCUGGAUGGAGCUAAAUACUGUUUAGCUUAUGCUUCUGGUUUAGCUGCUACUUUGAAUAUUACUCACUUGUUGAAGGCAGGGGACACAAUUAUCUGCAUGGAUGAUGUCUAUGGAGGCACAAACAGAUACUUCAGGCAAGUAGCCAUGGAAAUGGGCUUGAAAGUAGUUUUUGUUGACUGCACAAAAAAGGAAUGCCUGGCAGCUGCAAUUACACCAAAGACCAAGCUGGUUUGGAUUGAGACACCCACAAACCCCACACUGAAGGUCAUUGACAUCAGGGCCUGUGCAGAUGUGGUACAUAAGCAUAAAGAUGUUCUUCUCGUGGUAGACAACACUUUUAUGUCUGCAUAUUUCCAGCGUCCACUGGCCCUGGGGGCUGAUAUCUGUAUGUAUUCUGCAACCAAGUACAUGAACGGGCACAGUGAUGUGGUGAUGGGACUUGUUUCAGUAAACUGUGAUAAACUCUACGAAAGGCUCAAAUUCCUACAGAACUCCCUGGGAGCUGUUCCGUCCCCCUUCGACUGUUACCUGUGCAACCGCGGCCUGAAGACCCUGCCGAUCCGGAUGAAGCAGCAUUUCCACAAUGCUCUGGCUGUUGCUCAGUUUCUGGAGUCAGAUUCCCGGGUGGAGAAAGUCAUUUACCCAGGCUUGCCUUCACACCCUCAGUACGAGCUGGUCAAGAGGCAGUGCUCUGGCUGCCCCGGGAUGGUCACCUUCUACAUCAAAGGAGGUCUGGAACACGCUGCCACCUUCCUCAGGAAUUUAAAGGUUUUUGCCCUGGCUGAGAGCCUGGGAGGGUAUGAAAGCCUAGCAGAGCAUCCGGCCAUCAUGACUCACGCUUCGGUGCCUGCAGAAGACAGAGAAGCUCUUGGGAUCAGUGACACAUUGAUCCGCCUGUCGGUUGGGCUGGAGGAUGAAGAAGACUUGCUGGAAGACUUAGAUCAGGCUCUAAAGGCUGCGUUUGCAGACCGUAAGGCUUGAUGUUUGAAACUGCAGCUUGGCAUUGGACGUGGAAGAGGCUGAAGAAGAUGACACGCAAAGCCCAAAUUGCUCAUGAUUUUCCUUUGAUUUGCCUGUUGAGGUUUGCAAUCUGCCCAACCCACCCUGGAUCCCCGGGGAGCUCUCCCUGUGCUGUUGCUGUUCCUCUGCUGGGGCCUGGCUGGACACAGGUGGCAGCCUGUGCCCUCCCGUGCCUCUGCUCUGCUGGAGUGCCUUUGGAUUUGGAAUGUGGGGAGUCAGGAAGUUGUGUCUGGGAGCAGCCACGAUGCACCCUCAGGAAUGUGACCCUGGUUCUCAGAGAUCAGUGUUUCCCACCCCUCCUGCUGCAGAGGGAUUAGGUCAAAAGGGCUGGGGUCUGUUACUGCUUCUCAGGAUGGACACAAUGUUUCUCAUCUCAUCCACAGUCCAGCUUAAAAAUUGAUUUACCUUAGUUAGUUUGUUUUAUUUUUUUCAAAUUAGGUUGGAAAUGUGGUUAAACACUUUUUCACCUGUUGAUAUUUUAUGGAGCAUUGAAGAUGAAGCAAUGGUAAACAAUGGUAGCUUUCUAAGGAGGGUUCUUCCACUUAAAAAAAUAAUCAUGGAAUGUUAAUGGUGGUAAUGAUUUGAUUUAUAUUUUGAAUUGGAAUAAUUUUAAUUAAAACAUGCUUUGAAUUUC